AAGAUGGCGGACGUUUCUCUGGACGAAUUGAUUCGGCGACGCAAUUUUAACUCUAGAGGAGGAUUUAAAAGGCCGAGCUUCGGCAGAGGGGCGGGACCAGUCGGAAGAGGGGCGGGACCAGUCGGAAGAGGGGCGGGGCUCAUGGGCAGGACGUUCGACGCCCGACUGAAGAUCGGCAGCAGUGAUGUCAGACAGAGACUCGGAGGUGGAGGAGGGUUCCAGGUGAAGGACGCGCGGGAGAAGCUGGCUCAGAAGGACGCGCGGGAGAAGCUGGCUCAGAAGGACGCGCGGGAGAAGCUGGCUCAGAAGGACGCGCGGUUCCGUAUCCAGGCCAGAGGGGGCGCUGUGAGCACGGUGCAGGAUGCCAGACAGACCAUAAACUCCCGUAAACAGCAGCAGCAGCUCCAGGAUUCUCCAGUAACCAGCACUCCGACUCCCAUCCCUCACAUUCACAUCCAAAACAACACCAGUCCCACCAGUGCAGCCACCAGGACCUUCCCCACCGGUCAGGGACUCGCUACCAGGGUGGGCGUGGCCUUACAGACCGGGGGCGGAAUCACAAAAGUGGUGGACGCACGCGAUAGGCUGAGUCUGAAGAGGAGCGUCCCGUCGCAGCCCAGUCAGGGGGCGGCAGCUCCGCUCAAGAUCACCAAAACUAUCCAGCAGAGGCCUGUAGGAAUGACCAGCGGAAUCCGCAUCAACGUCCCGAGCAGGCCGGCCCAGAACCUCUCCACUGAGGAGGAAGCCGUGGUUCCUAAUAAACAGUUGAAGUUCACCACAACCAACAGCCUGCUACAGACACGGAUGGGUGGAAGUUUCUCCAACUCUCCUCCCAUCACUAAAGUGGUGAAGAACGACUCGUAUUUGGCUCCGCCCCCUGCUGCCGCGACUGCCUCCGCUGCCUCGGCCGCCGUGGCACCGACUCGUGCCAACCCUCGCCCACCUGCACAGACCACCGAGAGUACCACCGCCCAGCCCGCGCAGCCGGCGUUCAGCCCUCUGGAAGGAACCAAGAUCACGGUGAAUAAUCUGCACCCGCGUGUGACAGAGGAGGACAUAGUGGAGCUGUUCUGUGUGUGUGGAGCGCUGAAGCGAGCGAGGUUGGUGAAGGCUGGCGUCGCUGAGGUCGUGUUCGUGAGGAAAGACGACGCCAUCAGCGCGUACAGGAAGUACAACAACCGCUGUCUGGACGGUCAGCCAAUGAAGUGUAACCUUCACAUACAGGGCAGUGUCAUCACGUCAGACCAGCCCAUCCUGCUGAGGCUCAGCGACUCUCCCGGUAAGAAGGAGGCCUCCUCCAUCCUGGCUCCGUCCCGAUCCACACCCCGCUCGGCGCCGGCCGAAGUGGAUCCCCAGACCAUACUGAAGGCUCUGUUCAAAUCGUCCAAUCAGAGCUCGGCCACUACAGAAGCCACGCCUACUGCAGCGGAGGCCUCUACAGCGUUCCGCAUCAAGCUCUAACACACACACACACACACACACUGCAGCCUCUCACAUCAGCGUUAUGUGCUGUGUGUUCACACUAGCAGGCGGCGUGUUAACAUUUAUUUUCGAUGUAGAUUUCCAGGACUCGGGGGAGGGGGACAGAGGCGGGGCUACAGGCUGUUUGGAUGUUGUAGAACAGCUGGUGAAUACGAUUGGUUCUAGCACAUCUGUCUGACACGGUCAUACACACACACACACACACACUCAGAGCGGUACAUGUCCACCUGCCAUCAUGCGUAGCCAAUCAGGUGCAGGUGAACUGGUAAUCUAAGCUGGGAAAUUUGGAUGUACUCAAUUCCCCUGUCCACCGCCGAUGACGGAUCCUUGUACGGAAGGACCGCGCUACUCUCUUAAUGUUCCUCCACCACUGACACUCAACCUGAGCACCUCCUGGACUUACUUUUGGGGCUCUCCUGAUUUUUAAUGUAUUUUAAAUACAAUCCGAGCAGUAUUACGUCCUGUAAAUCACUUUUAGUCUGUUAGGCUACAUGCUAACGCUAGGUAGGUGGGUAGCCAGUCAGCGCUAGAGACUCGCACCCCUAUAGGUGUGUCUUAAGGGGACCCAAGAGAGCUUAACUGGCCUGUAAUUCAUCCUUAUUCCAGUGGCUCAGACGCUGCCUGUAAACUCUGAGUGCAAGGCAGAAAUACGCCAUUGAUAAUGUCUGCAUGACUUGAGGAGAACAUACCAAACUCGUCACAGCUCAUGUGCUGAAGAGGGCGGUUUGUUCUCUCCUUCGACAAUGCUGAUCUAAGCAACGACUGCAGAGCCCUGAAUGCAUCUCUAGAACAAACUGGAGUGCCCAUCCAUACACAUACUGGGCCAGCUGUAGCCUAGAGGUUAAUGUACUGGACUGUGGAUCAGAGGGUCGCUGGUUCAAGCCCCACCACUGCCACUGUAUACUGUAAUUAAUUCGCUUUGGAUAAAUGCUGAAAAUGUAAAUACUGUCAUCUUCUGACUGAACGGGCACAAAUUCCCACAGACAUGCUUCAAAUUCUCAUGAGAGGCUUCUCAGAAGAGUCGUAGCUGAAUAGAUCACAUGCGGUUACACUUGCCAUUUUAUCCAAAGCGAUUUACAAUUAUCAUUAAAUGCAUUGUGAGCGAUUGUGGGUUGAGGGCCUCGCUCAGGGGCCCAACAGUGGCAACUUGGAUUACAGGCAACCUUCGGAUUACUAGUCAAGUACCUUAAGCGCCGAGCUACCACUGAACCCACGUAGCGGUCACUCUAUUUUAAUACAGUCUGUUUUUGAAAUGGGGCGUCCGACAAGCUCGUGGUCAGGUGUCCAAAUACUUUCGGCCACAUAGUGUUGAUAGUGUAGAUAGUUUUCAAGCUCGCUGCUCAGUAGCACAGCCAAUAGAAAGCUAUUCUUAUCGUGUCUGAACUGCCUCGGAUUGAGCGCCUGGUGUUUACUGUUUUAAGUAAAAGUGGCAUCAGCUGAACUUCGGGUCGACCCGAGGGGUUCGGACUGGACGAUACAGACCCCACGUCAGAGAAAUACGAGACUCCUCCUGUUAUUGUAUUAAAUCUGAUCUUAAAUUUAUCCUGACAGGUGAUUAAGACUUUAAAUUAAAUAAGAACAGAAUAUAGCGGCGGAAUCUAGAUUUGCAGGUGGACACGUACAUGAUCGCGCACACACAAUCACUCUUUCAGAGGCUGCAUUCACAUCUACGUUGACAUCUUUUGCAGUGUAAAUAAAUCGGUUAAGCUCGAUUAAGCAUCGACGUGUGUUGCCGCUCUGAUGUUCCCAGUUUUCCAUUGCUGGGAACUCUGGGAACUCGUCACACGUUCAUGAGAGAAUAAAGUGGAUUGGGACACAGCCGGAGAUGCUGAUAAGCUGUCUAGCUUUUAUGUGAACUGAAUGUAAGAAUGGAAAACAUUCGAGUGCUAUUGCUAGAAUAUUUGGCAACCUGUUCUGUUGAGAAAGACAUUUAAGGGGGUCUGUUCUGGUCUGGACAGUUUUAGGUUCUCUGAUUGGAUGGAGAUUAAAACGUCCUUGUGAAUGCAGCCCUGAUCAGGAGAAAAUUAAAGAAACAGGAUUUUGGAACCACAUGAAGAUACACACACACACACACACACACACACCGGCACGCGUGUGUUCAGACAUGAUUGUAACGUAUCAUGUUUUUAAAUGUAAUAGCACAUGAUGAUGAUGAUGAUGAUGCGGUUGUACACACAGCAUGUAUAAAGACUCGUUUUAUAGCACCGGAUCUGUAAGGAGGGCGGUCCUGUCCUAAUCCUCCAUUUUCAGCUUGUCAGUGAUGUGUAUUUUCGCGAGUGUUACGGGUUUGGCACACGGCCCCCGAGCCCACUGUACCGGGAGAGGGUUGUGUGUUCCAUGCUCGGUGUUUUCUGGACUGCUUGUUUGUUUAUCUGCAGUAAACUCUGGCUUUGUAAUAAAA